AUGGGUUUUGCGGAUCUUUUAGAUGAAGUCGGUGGGUUGGGACGCUAUCAGCUGAUCCAUAUCACACUGCUGUCCAUCCCAGGCCUCCUGUUAACCAGUCAGAAUUUACUCAAUAACUUCACAGCAGGAACCCCGGCGCAUCACUGCACCAUCCCCAACCUGACCUCCACCCUGAACCUGUCUGUGUCUGAAGAAGAUGAGCUCACACUGCUGAGAGCCUUCAUCCCUGAGGUCAAGUCCCAGCUCUCAAAAUGCAACAGGUAUGUUCAGCCCCAGUGGCACCUGACUGGAGGAAAUCACAGCCACUCUGGGACUCUGAACCUGACUGAAGUGGAGACGGAGAGCUGCGUGGAUGGAUGGACUUACAAGAGGACCGAGUUUAUCUCCACAAUUGUGUCUGAGUGGGAUCUGGUGUGCAGUCUCCACCCGCUCAAACAGAUGAGUCAGACCAUCUACAUGGGGGGACUUCUCACAGGUGCCAUUAUUUUCGGAAGGCUUUCAGACAGGUUUGGGAGGAAGGUCAUACUCACCUGGUCGUAUUUUCAGUUGGCAGUGUUGGGGACCUUCACUGCUUUAUCUCCCUCGUACCUGGUGUACUGCACCUUCCGCUUCCUCACCGGCAUGGCCAUCUCAGGGCUCACCCUCAACAACUUGUCCUUCAUAGUGGAAUGGAUCCCCACAAAGACUCGCACUUUGGUCGCUUUCUUCUCCUCCUUGUGUACUGGCUUUGGUCAGAUGCUUCUGGCAGGAAUAGCGUACAGUCUGAAGGACUGGAGGAAGCUGCACAUCACCAUGUGCUCCCCGAUCUUCAUUGCAUUCCUCUACAGCUGGUGGUUCUCAGAGUCAGCACGAUGGUUGGUGUUAAACGGUCGUUUGGAUGAAGCUCUGCGGCAGCUCCACCGUGUGGCCAGAAUCAACGGCAAACAUGAAGCAGUGGAGAAAAUCACACCAGAGGUGCUGCAGUCACACAUGCAGAAAGAACUUCAGUCCAGUGAGACGGUGUUGAUGGUGUACGACCUGCUGCGCACGCCCCUCAUAAGGAGGAUCUCCCUGUGCCUCACUGUCAUCUGGUUCUCCACCAGUUUUGCGUAUUAUGGUCUGGCUAUGGACCUGCAGAAGUUCGGUGUGAACAUCUACCUGAUCCAGGUGAUAUUUGGAUUGGUGGACUUUCCUGCAAAACUGAUGACUCUGUUCAUGUUGAAUUUUUUGGGUCGGCGUUUAACACAGGCCACGUGUCUGUUGUCAUCAGCCUUCCUUAUCUUCAUCAGCAUCUUAAUCCCUAAAGACAUGCAGAUCAUGAGGGCAAUGCUGGCUGUGCUGGGGAAAGGGUUCACCUCUGCGUCCUUCAGCUGUGUGUACCUGUUCACUGGAGAACUUUAUCCUACAGUCAUCAGGCAGACUGGGAUGGGUCUCGCCUCCACUAUGGCUCGUAUCGGCUCCAUGGCGGCUCCAGCAAUUCUUAUCCUUGAUGAAGUGUUCCCUGUGUUGCCCAGCAUUGUUUAUGGAGCAGCGGCUGUGAUCGCCGGAGUCAUUGCGUUUCUGCUUCCUGAAACUCUGAAUGUGCCGCUGCCCGACACCAUCAAGGAUGUGGAGGAGAAAAGGGUGGUUCCAGACGAUCAGCGGAAAUCUGAGUGA